UAUAAUUCUAUAGAUAAGAAAUUUGAUAGACUGAACUAAUAAUCUAAAUGACAAAUCAGGAUUUCGUUACAACAUGACGCUUAUAUAUGUAUUCUUGUUUAUAGUAGUUUCCGCAGGUGCUUUAGUUUCGGCUGAUUCUCAUUCCAACUGUACUGACGCUUCAUUCAUUGAUUGUCAGGACUCACAUGUCUGCAGCCAUACAGAUCUCAAGAAGUACUGUCCUCUCACAUGUGGUAUAUGCAAACCGUGUCAAGACGAGAGUGUGUUUAACUGUAAUCAGAAUGUGUGUUCUUUUCCCACACUAAAGAAGUUCUGCCCUGUAACUUGUAAUUCUUGCAGUGAUCCCACACAUAACAUACUUAAUACAAGUACCCCCGGUAUGUUAUUUAGUUUUAUAUUUGUGUAG